AUGCGAGCUCUUGUCGGGUCCCUUACAAGUCAGAGCACGCUUUCUGCACGGUCGGCAAGAUCUACGACGUCCCUAGCAUCUUCUCGCAGCACAUUCGCCAACGCCAGCAGACAGCCAAACGGGCUAUCAUGGCACCAGACACGUAACCUUUCGCAGUCGCGUCCCACAACAAGAGAGCAGCUCUCGCCAGAGGUGCUUCGCAAGCAGAUCGAAGAUCAACUCUUCCGCCGGGUCGGGCAACCGCAGUCACAAUCUCGACAACCAGUCCAGUAUCAGCGCUUCGGCGGAGGCGGUAGCGGCGGAGGCGGUGGUCGUGGAAGAGGCUCGCUGUUCUCCUCACGUCCACCGGUGCUGAUUGUCGUGGCUCUCGGAGGUGCGGGCAUCUACUACAUCGUGCAUCUGGAAAAGGUGCCUGAAACAGGUCGAUGGAGAUUCAUCGAUGUUUCCGCAGCACAAGAGCACGAGAUGGGUCAAGAAACGUUCCGUCAAACGCUGUCAGAGUACCGGGAUCGCAUCCUUCCGGCUUCGCAUCCGUACUCGAGGCAGGUUCGGUCGGUGGCUAGCCGCAUCGUCGCCGCUCUGGACAAGGCGGUGGACGAUCAAAACCAACCUCAUCAUACCAAAGGUGAUUCGGGCCUCGCACAUCACUCGCAUGGCGAAGAAGGCGGAAUCUCGUAUGGCUCAAAUGCUGCGGUCGGCAACGAUGGAGGCGCUUCGUCGUGGUUCGGUAGCCAGUCCGAUGCCAAAUCACAAGAGAGAGAUGCGACGAAGUGGGAGGUGUUCGUCAUCGACGAUCCCAAGCAGAAGAACGCAUUCGUUCUGCCCGGCGGCAAGAUCUUUGUGUUCACCGGCAUCCUCCCCAUUUGCGCCAACCCAGAUGGUCUAGCAACUGUUCUCGGACACGAAGUAGCGCACCAAGUCGCGCGCCACUCGGCAGAAAAGAUGUCCGGCUAUAAAGUGUUGCUCUUCGGCUCCUUCCUCCUGGAGGCGUUCGGACUGGACAUCGGUCUCAGCAGGACAGCUCUGACUCUGCUCUUGUCGCUACCCAACUCGCGCAAGACGGAGCUCGAGGCGGACUACCUCGGACUACGCAUCAUGAGUCGAGCCUGCUUCGAUCCGAGAGAGGCGAGCAAGUUAUGGACGCGGAUGAGCGAGUCCGAAGGCGGCGGCGGUGGUGGAGGCGUGUUGAGCAGCGCACAGGCGAUCCUCUCGACACACCCGGUUUCCAGUCAGCGAAUCAAGAAUAUGGAGAAAUGGUUGCCAGAGGCGAUGGAUACGAGGAGGGCGUCCGAUUGUCCGGCGCCAGAGCAGGUUUCUGGUUUCCGUGCUGCAGCUUCCUCAGCUAGGCAGAACUUCUCGCCGUUCUAG